AGAAAGGGGGGCCUCACUCCCUCGCCUCCGACACAUCAAAUGUGUCACCAACGAAAAUUUGCAACCAUUAGCUGGAACUCACACACACACACGCCCUCUCUCUGAUACUCAAAUGCUCACGCAAACAAAUGAUUUCUGAGUAAAUUAAAAGAACAUUAUUCUGGCGGUGUUAAAAAAACAACAACAGCGAAUAUUCACCACCUUGAAAUACUGAAAUAAAGAAAGGAAAACAUAUUCCAUCUUUCACUGACAUUUAUUUGCUUUUAUUUCUGUAUUUUUGCAAAAAGCGAAAAAUGUACAAUUUCCAGCCUAGUUUCGCUCGUUAUUCACCGACUCAAAAGACUUAUGCUGCUCGCCCGGCACAUUAGGGCCCAGUAGAAACCGACUCAAGGUGAAAUAUAUCUUCUACUUAAAGGAAAUGAAAAAGAAACACAAAAAGCCAUAUUGGCAAAAUCUAUAUGUGUAUGUAUGUGUGCAAUGUGUAAUGUGUACGUGUACGUGUGCUUGUGAUUGUAAUGUGAAAGCACAUUAAUGGAUGAUACUCUCCGAAGACGCAAUGAAUACGCAACGUCGUAUAACGCAAACAAAACACAACAAAACUAUGUGCCCCACUUGAAUCUCCGCCAUUUCUCUUCAAGCGAAUCAUCAAGAGAUAGCAAUAGCAUCCUAAAAAAAAAGAAACAAGAAGAACGAACGAGAGCAGAUAACUAAUAGCGAAAUACUGCAAGCCGGAGAAGAAAGGGGAAAUCAACUGAAAGCGGUGUGCGGAAUUUAUUUGUCACCAAAAGGUCUAAGCCAGGCAAUGUUGACGGAAAUAAGCCCCCCAGCUUAAGGGGUUAUAGCCACAAUAACCCCACCACCGCCCACACCAACUCACACAAAUAAGAAUAAGAAUAACAAUACGACGAAGAAGAAAAAUUCUUUGAUGACACCUAAAGCUCAAUGUAGAAACACACAAAAAGCAAUAUUUUAUGACCCAAUUACCAAUUUUAAUACGAAUACUAAUAAUUACAAGAAAAACACAAAAUAAUUAUAACAACAACUGAAAAGAAAAAAACGUAACAAAAAAAAAAACCAAAACAAACAAAUAAUUAAUAUCAAAAAUGCCUUUCGGCCGUAAAUCACCAUUCGAGGCCCUGGCCCUGCCAGGCGUCAUUUUAGCCUAUAAAUAUAGUCAAUUUCGUCAGAGACGUCGAGAAGCUGCCAGCCGAAGGGUUACGGAGCGAGAGCUGUCAGCAUUGCAUCAUAAAAUCGAUAAACUACUUAGCAAACUAGAGGAAAGCGAACCAGAUCCACCUACAUCCCAGGAAGAUGAAUGUGUUAUUUGCAUCAAUGCCCGGGCGACCAUGCAGACAUCACCUUGUGGUCAUCGUGUCGUAUGUCGGCGAUGUUUCGUCAAGACCAUUCAGAGUGCGGUGGCACAACGUUUGUUGCCGCUGCGCUGUGUUAUUUGUCGGGCCCGUGUCAAUCGGCUGACAUCAUCCAGUGGAACAUGGCGUAUUCAGGAAUCAGCCAGCAGCUAUUCCAUGGGUGGCAAAAGCUGGGCUUCCGUCGGUGUGUCCGCCGACGGUGUAGCCCCCUCGGCCAGUUCGUAUUCCAUGAAUGAUGCCCACAGCGGUCAUCACAGUUUCCAUUUGCAUCCCUCACGCUUUCCCCGUAGCCCAAAUGGUCGUGUCUCCCAAUCGGAUAGCCUGUAUUCGAUGAGUUCGACCGGUUCGUCGUCGGCAGCUUCUGUAUUCUCGAAAACGUCUUCCAUUUCAAGUGAUUUGUGUUCACCAGCCUCGCCUAUAUCGCCGACAACUUGCUCGUAUAAUCAAACAUCGAUGGUGUUGAACAACCAUUUGGCACCGCCCACACCAAUCAUAUCACCCCACUCGCCAACUUCCACAUCGGGUUCGGGUACAUCCGGAGGUUCACUGUCACCCAAGGAUUUGCAUGUGCACUCGCAUCACAGCGGCUGUCCUAGUGGUUGCUCUGGAGCCAUACCUAGGAAACCUCUAAAAUCGUUAAGCAAUUCAUCUUCCAGUGGUUCGUGUAGCAGCAGUAGCGGCAGCACUUCCUGCAAUCAAUAUGUGGCACCCUCGACACACACCUAUCCGGGGAGGAGACACACCAAGGGAAAAUUGGUGGAACUGCAAAAUCGCCUACCGCCCAUCAAGGAAUUCCGCAGUCCAGCCAAGGUGCCACAUCCAUCACCGGUCCACAUAAGUAAUCCAAGAUUUCGUUAUGCUUCCUACACAAAAACCACGCACGACAAUGCCAGCAGCAAGGAACCUCCAUCGCCACCCAAAAGACCCAUGAACAUUCACAUUAGUGCUUCCCACAAUACUUUGGCUCCACCACCCUUGAAAGCCGGUGCUAAUGGCAAAAUUAGCCCUUUGGCAAGCAAACAUCAGCUAUCGAAGUCAGCUCACAGCGUUUCAGCUGGCAAAGACAAGAAAACUUCCUCCGCCUACUCGAGCUUGGAUAGCACAAAGAACAAUAAUUCGGCUAAAAUUAGCCACAACAACAAAACGGCUGCCUCCACAAAUAAUAUUUCGCUAACGAAAUCUUCCUCCGCUUCUACAUCCGGUCGUCAUAGCCAGUCAUCAAAUUCAACGACAGGGGCGGCGACAACGACGGCCACGACAACAUCUGGAUUUUCCACGAGUAAAAGUUUUCCAUUGUUCUGCAGCAACAACAACAAUAAUCACAAAGAAAAGUCAGACAAUAAGAAAAAUGAAUCGGUCGAACGUAGAAAGGAGGAAAAACUUAAAUUGAAAGCAGACAAAGAAGCAAGAAAGGAAGAAAAACGCCUGGCCAAGGAGGAAGAACGCUUGGCAAAACUUAUGGCCAAAGAGGAGAAGAAGAAAAGUAAAAAAGAAGCCAAGGAACUGCUGUUAGCACACGAUGGCAAUUGCAAAAAAUAGAGCUAAGAUUAAGUAAAGCAAUUAGAGAAAAACCAAAAAGAAAAACACGACAAAGAUAAAUGUAGUAAUGAAUAUGCUUUGCAAAGAAAAAAGAGGAAACCUUAUACGUGAUAUUAAAAGGGAAUAUGGUGUGUAAAUACAGGAGAACUAACAAACAAGCAUAUAUGAUGGGGUUUUAUGUUCAACAUGUGGGAUUAUUUAAAAAAAAAAUGAUUUUGAAAGAAAAAAUCUGGCAUGUUAAAGAGUAAUUCAUUUUAUCUCCAGUUUUAAUACAAAAUAUGGUAUUAAAAAUGGAAAUAUGAAGGAAAUACCAACACAAAAUCAAACAUCCUGAAAAAUCCCCAUAACUUGAAAGUAAUAUGAGAAAGAC